AUGGUGGGAAGAAGAAAAAAUCGUGCGGCGGCACAGCCUGCCGUCCGUACUCCCAGCAUCUCAACGCGUUCAGGGCGCACAGUCCCAGGUAGGUUCACCCACCUCGCUGUCGGUGCAAUAGCUCAUCCAUGUAUAGAGGUUCUUGCUGCCACUCCUACCCGCGGCAGAGGUCGCGGCAGAGGUCGUGGUCGCGGUCGUGGCCGCUCCAGCCUGCCUGGUCGUCUUCCAUCAAGCAUUGAAGCGCCAACAGAGCGCCGGUCACUAAUUGUUAAAUUAAGAGUUCCUUCAUUGUACUCGUUGGAACGGUCUAAUUCUGUCGACACCGAUGUGGAUGAAAGGGCAUCGAAUGUCCCGCAAACUCCACACACUCCACGCACGCGGCGCCCCCGGCAGUCAAGGCCUGUGCCCGAGUCUUCACGGACUACUCGGCAAUCGGCCAGAUUGAAGCCUAAUGAUGAUGGCACCUUCUCAGAAGAUGUCUCCCCGACCAAAGUUGGCGAGCCCGAGUUCAGUCAGCAAGAUGUUGACAUGGAUGAUUCCCAACAUUACGAGGACUACAAGUCCGAACCUCCCAUCUCAAAAACCUCGCAAUCACCUGAACCUCGCAUGAUUGCUUCUGCCCCCGCGUCCCCUUCAGCCGGUCGACUUGGCACUGCUGAUGAGCUGUCUGAUGAAUUGCCCCAUGAUUUAUCUGAACCUGCCAAAGCCAAGGAUGAGACUCCUGCAGAAAAUAUCAAAUUCCCCGAUUAUGAACAGGCACCCUUCAGCGCUGUCUCAACACCCCGACUUUCGCGCAAGCGCAAGUCCAUCGAAAUGACAGGCGAGACACCGGAAGUUGACUCCGAGGACGUGGCCAACAAAAAGGCCCGCAAUGAUGACACUGAACCCGAAGAUACACCAGACAGUCCUAUGCAGAAUGGCACAGAAAUUGAUACACAAAACGAAACAUCCCCUGAGGACAUUCCCAUUCCUUCCGAGGAAUACGAUCCACCGAGCUUCCCGCCCGCUGUUCGAGGCGGCCGUGGAGGUCGAGGAAGUCGUGGUGGUCGCGGCCGAGGUCGUGGACGGGGCCGGGGUCGUGGCAGCCGUGGUGGGUUUGUUGGCCCAAUCCGCUCAGCAGUCACAAAGCCCCGCGGAGGCCGAGGGCGUGGCCGAGCUAAGCAGACCACUAUUGUGAAGCGUGGAAAGAAGAUUGAAGAUGAAAUCUGGGACUCCGAGAACUGGCGUGGUCCUACUCCGUCGCCCACUCCAGAAUCGCAACAAACGAAAGAUCGCCAGGAUGAACUAUCAAUGUUGUUCAAGAAAGUGGGCCACGCACAGCAGAUUGCGCUGAGCGUAAUUGCCGAACAAAAUUUGCAGAAACUUGCCCGCGAUAAAAAUGCCCACAAGGAAUGUCCUGAAUUCGCUCAAGUUCAGCAGGAACUGGACGAGUAUGAGCGCAGGGCAAUUGAUAGGAUUACGGCCGAGCACAAGUACCAAACUGCGUUGCAGAUCCAGAAGCGUGACAGCGAGCUUCAUAUUAUUAAAAAUACGGCAGAGCGUCUUAUGGAAGAAGUUCAAGACGACAUGACCACAAUGCUUAUGGGCAAAGUGAUGGCAUUGAUUCAAGGUCGCAAGAUUGCCGAGGAUGAUGAACACACAGAGACCGAUACAACAGACUCUCAAACAUCCGAGAGAAAAUUCCUCUACCGUGAUGGCGACAAAGCCGCUCGCCAGGUUGAGCGAGGCUUUGCCUCAGAGGCAGUCCGAGACCCAGAAGGGGCGAUUGACUUCGACGCUGCAGUAGACGGCUGGGAAGAAUUCGUCCAAAAAGUCCGCAUGGGCAAUCUUUCUGUCGCAUCCGAGCUCACCGACGAGGAAGCUUUACGUACAGUCACCAACUCCGCGUUCGAUAGCAUGCUCCAUGCAGCAACAUUCAUCACCGAGACUGAAGCGGCAGGCAAAAUCAUUUCCUACGACGGGACCGUCGAAGUCCCCGUUGACCCCCGCGCCCUCUCCAUCUUGGCCGACACUGCUCUGGCUGAGCCAACAGUUCCCCAUCUCCCCACGAUGCGCACUGACCCUACGCACCGUAUCAUCCCACAACAACAACAGCAGCAGCACCAUAACCAGCAGCCGCAGCAGCCGCAGCAGCACCAGAUGAGUUUCGGCCCUAUCUCAGACCCCCGAACUUGGAUCCUCCCUCGCCCAACCCCAACCCAGCAGCCACGCCGCCUCCUCCCCGCGCGUGCCAUGGGUCUCCCGGACCCGUUCGCAAUGAACGGUCCGCCGCAACUGCCGCCACCCCCGGGCUCUAACUUCGCCCGCCUUCCCAUGCCAGGCUAUCUGCCCCCACCUGGCCAUCCUUCCGCUGGUCAUCCAUCCCCUAGUCAUCCUCCCGCUGGCCAUCCUCCCACUGGCCAUCCUCCCACUGGCCAUCCUUCAGCUGGUCAUCCUUCCGCUGGUCACCCUUCCGCUGGCCAUCCUCCUACCCAUGCUCCUGGACCUGGUCAUCCGCCCCCGGGUCACGCACCCCAGGGCCACGGGCCUCCGGGCCAUGGACCACCAGGCCCGUCCUCCUUGUAUUUCCCGCCGCCGCCGGGCUCACACCCGCGCCGGUACUAG